AUGUCGGGAUAUCCCCAAGGCCAAGGAGGCCAGGGCCAGGGCCAGGGCCAAGGCGGCUACAACGGCCGCGAUGAGUACGAUGACGGCUACGGUCAAGGCGGUCACGGAGGCCAGCACGGCAAUGACGCCUACUAUCAAGACGACCAACAGUACUAUGACAACCAGCCAAAUAGCGGUCACGCCCAGGGCCGCGGCAAUCAGCAAGGCGAUGGCUACUAUGACGAAUCUGGUUACUACAACGCCGACCCCAACAACCCGUACCAGCAAGAUGGCGGCUACUACGACAACAACGACCAGUACCAGGACGAUUACUACAACAACGGCCAGAGAGGCAACAAUGGCUACUACGAUCAAGGGUACGGUCAAGGUGGCUACGGGGGCAAUGGUCAGGGUCCAAGGCAGGGCUCCGAAGACGAUUCGGAGACCUUCAGCGACUUCACGAUGAGGUCCGACAUGGCCAGAGCAGCCGACAUGGACUACUAUGGACGCGGUGAUGAGCAGUACAACAACGGCUACAACGAUGAGGGAGGCAACCGCGGAUACCGCCCACCAUCGUCGCAGAUCUCCUAUGGUGGCAACCGCUCCUCCGGCGCCUCUACGCCCAACUACGGAAUGGACUACAGCAAUGUCCUGCCCGCCGGUCAGCGCUCCAGGGAACCCUAUCCCGCCUGGACUUCGGAUGCCCAGAUUCCCCUCUCCAAGGAGGAGGUGGAGGACAUCUUUUUGGACUUGACGGCGAAAUUCGGUUUCCAGCGCGACAGCAUGCGCAACAUGUACGACCACUUGAUGACACUUCUGGAUUCGCGCGCGUCCCGCAUGACGCCCAACCAGGCCCUGCUGUCUCUCCAUGCCGAUUACAUUGGUGGCGACAACGCCAACUACCGCAAGUGGUACUUUGCUGCCCAUCUUGACCUGGACGACGCCGUCGGUUUCGCCAACAUGAAGGGCAAGAAGGCCAAGAAGAAGGCGAAGAAGGGCAAGGGCCCGGGUCCCGAAAACGAGGCCGAGGCUUUGGAAGAUCUCGAGGGCGAUGACUCGUUGGAGGCGGCCGAGUACCGCUGGAAGACGAGAAUGAACCGCAUGUCGCAGCACGAUCGGGUGAGGCAGCUCGCUCUGUUCUUGCUCUGCUGGGGCGAGGCCAACCAGGUCCGCUUCAUGGCGGAAUGUCUCUGCUUCAUCUUCAAGUGCGCCGACGAUUAUCUCAACUCGCCCGCCUGCCAAAACCUUGUUGAGCCGGUGGAGGAGUUCACCUUCCUGAACAACGUGAUCACGCCUCUGUAUCAGUACUGCAGAGACCAGGGCUACGAAAUUUCCAACGGUGUCUAUGUCCGUCGCGAGCGCGACCAUGAGCAGAUCAUCGGCUACGAUGAUUGCAACCAGCUCUUCUGGUAUCCCGAGGGCAUUGAGCGCAUCGUGCUCGAGGACAAGACCAAGCUCGUCGACGUUCCUCCCGCGGAACGUUACCUCAAGCUCAAGGAUGUCAACUGGAAGAAGUGCUUCUUCAAGACCUACAAGGAAACGCGUUCCUGGUUCCAUCUUCUCGUCAACUUCAACCGCAUCUGGAUUAUUCACCUGACCAUGUUCUGGUUCUACACGGCCUACAACUCCCCCACACUCAUCACCGUCAAGUACGAACAAGAAGUCAACCAGUGGCCCGAGAAGGCUGCCCAUUGGUCCAUCGUCGGGUUCGGUGGUGCCAUCGCUUCCGGUGUCCAAGUGGCCGCCACCAUCACGGAAUGGGCCUACGUUCCAAGGAAGUGGGCGGGCGCGCAGCACUUGACCAAAAAGUUGAUGUUCCUCAUUCUGGUCUUCAUCCUCAACGUCGCUCCCGGCGUUUACGUCUUCAUGCCCGAGAAGGACGACACGGCCUAUAUCGAGAAGCAGCGCACUACUCUCGCGCUGGCCCUCGGUAUCGCCCACUUCUUCAUUGCUCUCAUCACGUUCAUCUUCUUCUCCAUCAUGCCGCUCGGUGGUCUGUUUGGAAGCUACCUGACCAAGAACUCGAGGCGGUACGUGGCCAGUCAGACCUUUACUGCCAGCUGGCCGCGUCUCAAGGGCAAGGCCAUCGCCAUGUCUUACGGCCUCUGGCUUAUCGUGUUUGGCGCCAAGUUUGGAGAGUCUUAUGCCUACCUCACCCUCUCCAUCAAGGACCCUAUUCGGUAUCUGCACAUCAUGGACACGUCGUCCUGCAUGGGUGACUUUUUCCUGAGCAACAUGAUCUGCCAACAUCAGCCCAAGAUCACGCUCGGACUUUUGCUCAUCACGGAUUUGAUCUUCUUCUUCCUCGACACGUACCUGUGGUAUGUGCUCUUGAACACGGUAUUCUCGAUCGCCCGGUCCUUCUACCUCGGUUCUUCCAUCUGGACCCCCUGGAGAAACAUCUUCUCUCGUCUCCCGAAGCGUAUCUACUCCAAGGUCCUGGCAACCACCGACAUGGAGAUCAAGUACAAGCCCAAGGUCCUGAUUUCUCAGAUUUGGAAUGCCAUCAUCAUUUCCAUGUAUCGCGAGCACCUCCUGGCCAUUGACCAUGUCCAGAAGCUCCUCUACCACCAGGUUCCUUCGGAGCAGGAGGGCAAGAGGACGCUGCGUGCUCCCACCUUCUUCGUCUCGCAGGAAGAUCACUCUUUCAAGACCGAGUUCUUCCCCGCCUACAGCGAGGCAGAGCGCAGAAUCUCCUUCUUCGCCCAGUCGCUCUCGACGCCCAUCCCUGAGCCCUUGCCCGUUGACAACAUGCCCACCUUCACCGUCAUGAUUCCUCACUACAGCGAAAAGAUUCUCCUCUCCCUGAGAGAAAUCAUUCGUGAAGACGAGCCUUACUCUCGUGUCACCCUUCUCGAGUACCUCAAGCAGCUUCACCCUCACGAGUGGGACUGCUUCGUCAAGGACACCAAGAUUCUGGCCGAUGAGACCUCGCAGUUCAACGGCGAGGAUGAGAAGACGGAAGGCAAGGACACGGCCAAGAGCAAGAUUGAUGAUCUUCCCUUCUACUGCAUUGGUUUCAAGUCGUCGGCCCCCGAAUACACGCUCCGCACACGUAUUUGGGCCUCGCUCCGUUUCCAGACCCUGUACCGUACUGUCUCCGGCUUCAUGAACUACGCCCGCGCCAUCAAGCUGCUCUAUCGUGUCGAGAACCCGGAGGUUGUCCAGAUGUUUGGCGGCAACUCGGACAAGCUGGAGCGCGAGCUUGAGCGCAUGGCCCGUCGCAAGUUCAAGCUCUGCAUCUCCAUGCAGCGAUUCGCCAAGUUCAAGAAGGAAGAGAUGGAAAAUGCCGAGUUCUUGCUCCGUGCCUACCCCGACCUCCAGAUUGCCUACCUCGACGAGGAGCCUCCCCUUAACGAGGGCGAGGAGCCCCGCCUCUACUCUGCCCUGAUUGAUGGCCACUCUGAGAUCAUGGAGAACGGUCAGCGUCGCCCCAAGUUCCGCAUUCAGCUCUCUGGCAACCCCAUUCUUGGCGACGGCAAAUCCGACAACCAGAACCACGCCAUCAUCUUCUACCGCGGCGAGUACAUCCAGCUCAUCGACGCCAACCAGGACAACUACCUCGAGGAGUGCCUCAAGAUCCGUAGCGUUCUUGCCGAGUUCGAGGAGAUGAAGACGGACAACGUUUCCCCCUACACUCCCGGUGUCAAGAACGCGGUCCACACUCCUGUUGCCAUCUUGGGUGCUCGUGAAUACAUCUUCUCGGAGAACAUUGGGAUCCUUGGUGACGUUGCUGCCGGGAAGGAGCAGACGUUCGGCACCCUCUUUGCCAGAACACUGGCCGAGAUCGGUGGCAAGCUUCAUUACGGUCAUCCCGACUUCCUCAACGGCAUCUUCAUGACGACUCGCGGCGGUGUGUCCAAGGCUCAAAAGGGCCUGCACUUGAACGAAGACAUUUACGCCGGCAUGAACGCCCUGCUGCGUGGUGGCCGCAUCAAGCACUGCGAGUACUACCAGUGCGGCAAGGGUCGUGAUUUGGGUUUCGGCUCCAUUCUCAACUUCACGACCAAGAUCGGAACGGGCAUGGGUGAGCAGUUCUUGUCCCGCGAGUACUACUACCUCGGAACCCAGCUGCCGUUGGAUCGCUUCUUGUCCUUCUACUACGCCCAUCCUGGUUUCCACGUCAACAACAUGUUCAUCAUGCUUUCGGUCCAGCUUUUCAUGAUCUGCCUCCUGCAGAUCGGUGCCCUUCGAAAGGAGACUGUCCGCUGCGACUACAACCGCGACGUUCCCAUCACGGAUCCUCUGUUGCCCACGGGCUGUGCCAACACGGACGCGCUGGUCGACUGGGUCUACCGCAGUAUUCUGUCGAUUUUCUUCGUCUUCUUCCUCUCGUUCGUGCCCCUGUUUGUUCAGGAGAUGAUGGAACGCGGUGUCCUGCGCGCCGCCACGCGCUUCGCCAAGCACAUCGGCUCCCUCUCGCCCUUCUUUGAAGUGUUUGUCUGCCAGAUCUACGCCAACUCUGUGCAGAUGGAUGUCACUUUCGGAGGUGCUCGCUACAUCGGUACCGGUCGCGGUUUCGCAACGGCUCGCAUCCCCUUCGGUGUGCUCUACUCGCGCUUCGCCGGUCCUUCGAUCUAUUUCGGAGCCCGUCUGCUGAUGAUGUUGUUGUUCGCCACCAUCACCGUCUGGACCCCCGCCAUCAUUUACUUCUGGAUUUCGCUGCUGGCCUUGGUCAUCUCCCCCUUCCUGUACAACCCCCACCAGUUCGCCUGGACCGAUUUCUUCAUCGAUUACCGCGACUACCUCCGCUGGCUGUCUCGUGGCAACUCGCGCUCGCACGCCUCGUCUUGGAUUUCGUUCUGCCGCCUGUCCAGAACAAGAACCACGGGUUACAAGCGCAAGGUCAUCGGCGACCCAUCUGCCAAGAUGUCGGGAGAUGUCCCUCGUGCUGCCUUCACCAACAUGAUGUGGGCCGAGAUCUUCACACCUUUCUGCCUGGUUCUUGUUACCCUCAUCCCCUAUCUCUACAUCAACUCCCUGACCGGUGUUGGUGGUGAGUUUGGUACCAAGGAGGUGGACGAUCCCGCGGCCGUUGUCAUGCGUGUCGCCAUUGUCGCCUUUGCUCCCAUCGGUCUCAACCUUGCCGUCCUGGCCGCCAUGUUCGGCAUGGCGUGCUGCAUGGGUCCGGUUCUGAGCAUGUGCUGCAAGAAGUUUGGCUCGGUCCUCGCCGCCAUCGCCCACGCCGUCGCUGUUAUUGGCCUUCUUGUGUUUUUCGAGGUCAUGUUCUUCCUGCAGCGUGCCGACUUUGCCAGGACGCUCCUGGGCAUGAUUGCUGUCCUCGCUCUCCAGCGCUUCAUCCUGAAGGUCAUCGUCACUCUGUGCUUGACCAGAGAAAUGAAGACGGAUGCCGCCAACAUCGCUUUCUGGACCGGCAAGUGGUACUCUCUCGGCUGGCACACCGUUUCUCAGCCCGCCCGUGAAUUCCUGUGCAAGAUCACCGAGCUGAGCAUGUUCGCGGCCGACUUUGUCCUCGGUCAUGUCAUCCUCUUCCUCAUGCUCCCUGUCAUUCUCAUUCCUCAGGUUGACAAGCUGCACUCCAUGAUGCUCUUCUGGCUCCGCCCAAGUCGUCAAAUCCGGCCUCCGAUUUACUCGAUGAAGCAGACCAAGUUGAGGAGGAGACGCGUCCUGCGUUACUCGAUCCUCUACUUCACCAUGUUCAUCUUGUUUGCCGCUUUGAUCGCCGGCCCGCUCGUUGCCGGCAAGUUCAUCAUGCCGACUCUGGAAAAGACGUUGAAGUUUGGCGACAUGGUGUUGUUGCAGCCUGAUGUGAAUCAGGACAACACCCGCAACAGCACCAUGACCGGUACCGGUCGCCCGAGCUACAGUGGUGCCUAUACCCCAACGACAGUUGCGGCGAAAAGACCGGCCGAGACUGCGGGCACCAACGACAGACUCUUUUAA